GUAUAUAUUCAAACAAAUCUUGUUUUGUGUAUCUAUCUAUAUAUGUAUGUAUAUGUCGGUUGUUGGUUUGUUAUGUAAAAAUAUCUGGAAAAUGGCAAUAACAACAGUGGCUUUGCCUUAAAUUAUUGUAGCAGGAUGUGUUUGUAAUUAAGCAUUUCACUGUGGCUUAUCAAGGGACAAAACUGCAAGCGAUCGGUGAAAAGAAGUAAAAUAGUACUUUCGCGUCGAAAAGCAAAAGAAGAACUUCUUGAGAUGUCUAGCAAAAAUCUCGACCUUAAUGAUAUUGUCUCAAAUUUUAACAAAGAUGUUAAAAAAUUUUCCGAACUUCUAGAGAGUCUAUUAAACCAUAAACAACAAAUCCAAGCACAUAUCAAUGAAAUGAAAAACAUUGAUGAUUUAAAAUCUAUGGCUGAUCAUGCAGAACUCAAUUUUAAAUCAGAGUGGGAUAUAAUAACAAAAUCCACAAAAUCAAUAGAACAACAAUUAAAUGAAAUAUAUUCACAAGCUUAUAAAACCGGUUCACAAAUAGAUAAAAACAAGUCUUCCGAAACGAAUAUCAAUACUACUGAAAGUAAAGAAACAUCAAGAGAUGAAACUUCUAAUAGAAUAGAUAAAAAAAUUCCAGAAAAACAAUUGAACAAUGAUGUUACAGUAGGUAGGAAUCCAGUGGCUGAUAUCAACGACCCCAUAAAUAGUGAUCUUCGUACUGACAGUGAUAAAGAAUUUGUUGAAAACAUAGGAGAUAUGAAAAACAAUUUAUCUGAUAAAGAUCGAAAUCUUAACAUUGCGGUUGAUGACGAAGUGAAGAUUGAAGCAAACAUAGAAGGUGACGCUUCUACGAAUAAUGAAAAAGGCCCUAAACCGGGGUUAAUACGUGUAGUACCCCUACAAAAUUUACUUUCAUCUCCUCAAAAACGAUCACAUACUUCUCCAACUUUUCCAUGGGUCAUUAGUGAUAGUGAUGAUGAAACCAAUGCAGCGGUCUCUAAAAACAAAUCUAAAGAAAAUGUAUUGGAAUUAAGUGACUCGAACGACGAAAAUUUGCAACAGAUAAAGAAAUCCGGUUCAUCAACUAACAAAAUAAAGUCGGGUCCAAGAAGAAAGAUUACACCAUUGCGUAACAAAUCUGAAAAGAUUCAAACAAAAGAUAUUGAAGAGUCCAUCGCUAUGAAUUGUGAAAAAUCAAAUGAAAAUUCAGCAGCUUCUUGUUUUUCUACGAUACAUUUGAAUCCUAGUUCAGAUAGUGAAACAAGUUGCAAAAUAAAAAAAGAGCUUUAUGCGACUGAUAACAGAAAUUCCAACCCAAAUUCUAGUUGUGAGUCGCAAGACAUUGUUCCUGUAAACGGAACUUCAACGUAUUCUUUUACAUUGCUUUCAAAACUUUUACAUAAAAAAGAAAAUGAGAAAAGUGAACCAACUUCUUCAGCAUUACUACGACAAUUCUUCCGGAAAAAGUGUGUUGUUCGCUUAAAGCGAAUAUCCUUAACUGCCAACAACGUUAAAUUAGAUAAUCCUAAACGAGUAAAAAAUCGCAUGCAAAUCAACAGUUCAAAUCAAAGAAAAACUAAAAUAAAGAUAAUGGCCAGCGAUUCAGAUUCCGAAAUUGAAACAACUAGACAUAGUUUAAUUAAUAGUGAUAAAGAUAACAACUCGGCAAGUGAAAAAGAAAUCGUCCCGGUACGAAAGAAGCGAAUAUUCCAAUCAAAACAGAAAAAAGAUAGCGAUUCUGAUUGGAACUGUCAAGAAUCAAAUCGAAAAGUUACAACAGCUCGCAAAAAACGAAAAGUUUUACAACCAUCUAGUGGAUCCAGUAAUGGUAGUGAUGAUGAAGAUGGUGAUAGUAAACAAAGAAAAAAAAUUCGUAAAGUUAUAAAUGAGAAGAACUUAGAUGACGGCACGAAAAAAGCUACACAAGAAGAAGAAGAACGAAAAAAACGUAUUGAAGAGCGACAAAAAGUAUACAAUAAGAUUUAUAUUAAACCCGAAAAUGUUGAAGUUGACGAAUUAAUACUUGACUUUGAUGAAGAGACAAAGAAACCACUACUUAAAGUGGAUGAUGGCUUGAUGAAGAAACUGAAACCUCAUCAAGUGAAUGGAGUAAAGUUUAUGUGGGAUGCUUGCUUUGAAACCCUCAAAGAUUGCAAAGAAAAGCCUGGCUCUGGGUGUAUAUUAGCACAUUGUAUGGGUCUCGGUAAAACUAUGCAAAUUGUAACACUUUCUCAUACGUUAUUAACCAAUUAUGAAGCUACAAAUAUAGAACGGGUUCUUGUAAUUUCUCCCUUAAGUACACUUAACAACUGGGCUAGGGAAUUUAUUCAUUGGAUGAAUUUUGCAAAAAACAAAAACGUAGAGGUAUACGAUAUGUCGAAAUAUAAAGACAAAAAUACUAGAGUCUUUAAAUUGGAAGAAUGGUUCAACGAAGGUGGCGUUUGUAUCGUUGGCUACGACAUGUAUAGAAUUUUGUCAAAUGAAAAAACCAAGGGCUUACGAAAGAAACAAAAAGAGUCUCUACAAAAAAGUUUGGUUGAUCCAGGUCCGGAUGUUGUUAUAUGCGACGAAGGUCAUCUGCUUAAAAAUGAAAAGACAAGUUUGAGUCAAGCGGUCACAAAGAUGCACACCAAACGUCGUAUUGUAUUGACUGGUACUCCUUUGCAAAACAAUUUGAAAGAAUACUAUUGCAUGAUCCAGUUUAUAAAACCAAAUCUUUUGGGAACUUACAAAGAAUACUUAAAUCGUUUUGUAAAUCCCAUUUCAAACGGUCAGUACACUGAUUCAACACCACGAGAUAUUCGACUGAUGAAACAUCGUUCUCAUAUUCUUCACAAAAUGCUGGAAGCUUGCAUACAACGACGAGACUAUUCGGUAUUAGCUCCAUACCUACCGCCUAAACAUGAAUACGUCGUAUUUUGUACAAUGUCUGAAAAACAAAAAGAAAUUUAUGAACACUAUAUGACUAAACAAAGAGAUACAAUUAGCGAAUCGAGUGGAGUUCCCGGUAAAGGGGCUAAAUUAUUUCAGGAUUUUCAAAAUUUGCGUCGGAUUUGGACACACCCAAUGAAUUUAAGAGUAAACAGUGACACUGUGAUUAAAAAAAAGAUGGCACAAUACGAUUCUGAAGAAUCAAUGAAAGACUUUGUUGUUGAGGAUUCCGAGGAUUCGACUUCAUCAGAUUCUGAAUCUUCAUCGUCAUUUGUUGAGGCCGAAACAAAUGAAAGUAAGUCUGUAAGAUCUCGCAAUACACGCGCACAAAGAGAUUUUUCCGAUAAUGAAUGUAUGGAAACGGCAGUUAAAGAAGAUCCAUCAGAAUGGUGGACACAAUUUGUUGAGGAUUUGGAUCUUAACAACAUAAAUCAUUCGCCAAAGCUUGUUUUGCUCAUGACUCUAUUGCAGCGAUGUGAAGAAAUUGGUGAUAAAGUAUUGGUUUUUUCACAGUCUCUCCAAUCCUUGGAUGUGAUUGAGCAUUUCCUUUCCCUUAUUGAUAAAAAAACUCGUGGCCAGGAGGUCGAAGCCGAUGUUGCAGAUUUUAAAGGAUUUUGGCAGCCAGGAGCAGAUUAUUUUAGGCUAGAUGGUUCACGUACAGUCGAAAAUCGUGAGAGUAUGUGCAAAAGUUUUAACAAUGUAGCAAAUUUGAGGGCGCGCCUCUUUCUCAUCUCAACACGAGCAGGCGGUUUGGGUAUAAAUUUAGUGGCAGCUAACCGAGUUGUAAUUUUCGACGUGUCCUGGAAUCCAUCACACGAUACACAAAGUAUUUUCCGUGUUUAUAGAUUUGGACAGACCAAACCGUGUUACAUAUAUAGAUUAAUAGCUCUGGGUACGAUGGAGCAAAAAGUAUACGAACGCCAGGUUGCAAAGCAAGCUACGGCUAAACGUGUUAUAGAUGAACAACAAAUUAGUAGGCAUUAUAACCAAAGUGAUUUGCAAGAAUUGUAUUCAUAUGAGCUGGAGCCCAGCAUACCAAGACAGAUUCCAAUUCUACCAAAAGAUAGGCUUUUUGCAGAGCUCCUAAGUAACUAUGAAAAGCUGGUUUUCAAAUACCACGAACACGAUUCGUUAUUAGAAAAUGAGGACAGUGAAAAUCUUUCUGAAGAAGAGCGUAAAGCCGCUUGGGACGAAUAUGAAGCUGAAAAGACGAGACCACCACAAGCAGCAAUGCAAUAUAUGCCUUAUGAGCGACAAAACUUGUCAGAGAACUAUGGCAAUCCAGCGGGAACUGUAACGUCGAAUAAAAUUUAUGGAUUCAGAUCCGAUAUACUUCUGCGAUUGCUUAAUAUGAAGGGAUGUCAAGAUCACCCUGAACUGACCAGUAGGCAGGUAGUUCAACUUGUUCCAGGGUACUUGCAAAGGCUAUAUAUUGAAAUGAAUAACGAUAAUCCAACGUUAUAUAUGGAACUUCUUGAGUUACACAAAAGCUUGGAAGCCCCAAAUGGAAUGUAUAUGAAUCCACUACUCUUUGCAAAUCAAACACCAGCCCCAGCCCCAGGCCCAGCUCCUUAUAGAGCACCAUAUGCCCAGAUGCAUCCUAGUACAUCAAAUUUUAACAGCAGUGAGGUGUAUGAAGUCGACUGAUUACGUUAAUUGGAAUAUUGUGGAAACUAAGCAAACGUUAGUUAUAACCACUUCAACAACAAUUAUAAUUGUAAUGAAUAAUAUUUAUUUAAUUUUUUGUAUUAUUUCAUUAAGGUUUUUCCAAAAAUAAUAAAACACUCCUAUUAUUUCCACGAACAUAAAAUAUGUUCAGAAAUCAUA